AAGUUCCACCUCCGUCCACUCCACCCUACCAGCCUUUCUCCAAAAAUUGUUUUCUUUCUCAUCGUAAUUUCACACCACCUACACCGAUACUCCAUUCUCUCUGUAUAUCCAUCUAGGGUUUGGGUUUUUCUUCCCAAUUAAAAUUCCCCCAAACUUAUGGCCAAGAAGAGGAAAUCCGAUGCGUCGCGCCUCGAUGAGGUCGAUCGAGGGAUGUACACCACUUUCUGCACCGCGGCCAACUCCCUCUCCCAGCUCUACACGCACGCGAUGCACCAGCAGCGCCUCUCCUUCCAAGCCGGUGAACGCCACUCGCUGGAAAAGCUUUACAAUUGGAUUUUAAGACAGCAAGAGCAUGGGGUUAGAGUGAUGAGCGGCGACAUACUCGCAUAUGUGCAGAAUGAACUUGAUUAUGGAACAGAAGAGCCUCCUCCAUCCCCAAGGUUACCCCUGCAGCAGCAAACGCAACCGCAGCCUAAUAAUAAUUUAAUGCAGUUACCUCAAACAGGACUUCCCAUAUCUUCUAAUGCAUUUGGUCCUGCAACUAUUGGACAAGGACCUCGCGCGGGCAAUUCAGAUCAAAGUAAAAAUUCUGUGUUUUCAAAUGCUCUCUCUAGUCCAGUGCGUCGGACUCUCCAGCACUAUCACUUAUCACAGGGUGGUUUCUCCUCAAACAAUGCCACACGGAGCAAUGAGAACAGCACCAAUCAAAACAGAGAUACCAACCCUCUCAGUUCCAACGACACUUCAAUGGAUAUGCAUUCUGAUAGUCCAGGCCAUGACUCUCCUUACUGAAGUCCAAUGUAUGUCUUGGAGUCGGAGAAUCCCCUCGGGUGAUGAGAAAGCGAUGAAAUUAUGGCGGUGGUGGCGGUGGUGGUACUUAAUGAAGCAAUUGCGAAGGGGGAUGUGUAAAAGAAGUGAAAUUGAAGUGUGGAAAAGGGUCUUGGAAGUGCAUAGGUGCCAGUUGAAAAGGAUUAAAUAGUUUCAACGGAGACAUAGUUUCUCUUCGUGUUUAUGUUUGUCUAGUAUUGUCCCGAUGUCAUGAUUCUCUGUUUCUUAUGGUUUUGGAACAUCGAAUGUGUCGAAAUAUCCUAUAUAUAGAUAUAUUCAUUUAGUUUUUCUUGUCUCA